AUGAAGUUUCUCGACUAUCCCGAGCUCGAGCAGCUAUCUCGACAACUCACAUUUGAUUCGGCCGAGUGUCGCGUCUUUACGCGUCUGGAGGCCUACUCGUGCAAACCUGUCAAUCGAGACAAGAAGCUCCUGAAAGCUCUUGAAUCGACGUAUGGCCAUGCGGCAUCGUCCACAUCGCCGCCAAGUGUUUUGGAGGAGCACUUGGCGUCGCCCUUUGGCAAAUUGGAUCAACCUGCCGCUCGCAAAACCCUCUGGCUGCUCAUCGCCACACUCAAUGGCGCUUUCCCAGAUCACGAUUUCGCCCAGGCUAACCCUGCCGACUUUAAGCGCGAAAGGAGCGUAGAUUACGUCAUCAACAGCUUGAGCUCCACUUUGGUGUCUUUGCGGUCAGGCAGUGCAGGAAGUUUCUCUCUGCUUCCUAGCACCUCCUACGAAGAGGGUGCAGCUGCGCUGAGCCCCUCUGGUUCGUACGGCUCGCCUCCCACGCAUCUCGGCAGCCAUCGUGUUCAAGGGGAUGCUGCGCUUGGUGCGAUCUUAGAAGACAUAUUGUGCGUGUCGGAGUGCGAAGUCUUUACGUACUCUCCCGAUAUGGAUUCGGACCCACACGCCUAUCCUGAUCCCGACGAGGGAUACAUGGACGGAGAAGACGACACGUGGGCGGAAGACAAUUACUCCCUGUUCGAUAGCGGGGCGCAAAGCUUGGCUGAUGAUGCGCCCAUGUUCGACGAAGACAUGGACGGCGGAGCGCUGGGUCAGGCAGCAGCGCACUCUACGAGCUUUAACACGAGCGGGGGCGGAUUGCUUUGGUCCACGUACGUCUUUUUUUACAAUCGCAAGCUGAAGCGUAUCCUCUUUGUGGAAGUUUGGGCUCGUCGA